UGUAUUUUCUCGCUUUUAAAGGACACAAUGCUUUUCCACGGGGGGGACCUGAGCUGAAAACAGACACAGGAGCCUCUCUGGAGGACUCAGAUGUCGAACAAACCGCAGAGAUCGUGUCCGAGAUCAUAGCAGAAGAAGUCCCUGUUGGAGCCAUGGGACCGACGGAGCUGCUGCUGCUCGGGGUGCUGUGGAUCCGCUCUGCUCUGCUCUGUGCAGCAGGCUGCAGUGAGCGGAUGGAGGUCCACACAGAGCGGAGAGGUGUGAUCUACAGUCCCUCCUGGCCUCUCAACUACCCCCCUGGAGUAAACUGCAGCUGGCACAUCCAGGGAGGUCAGGGAGAGGUCAUCACCAUCAGUUUCCGUAACUUCGACAUGGCGGAGUCUGGGAACUGUUUGGGAGACUGUCUGCUGCUGACUCCAACCUUGAACGGGGACUCCAGGCUGUGUGGCUCCACGCUACCCCCGCCCUUCAUCUCCACCAGGGGGCGUGUGUGGCUCUAUUUCCACUCGCAGGCUAACGGCUCCGGGCAGGCUCAGGGCUUCCGACUCUCCUACAUCAGAGGUCACCUGGGUCAGAGCAGCUGUCAGUCCGAUGAAUUUCUCUGUGGGAAUGGAAAGUGCCUCCCUCGCUCCUGGAAGUGCAACGGUCAGGACGAAUGCGGCGACGCCACCGAUGAACGCAGCUGCUCCCCUCCCCCCACCGAAGCCCAGCCCGGCCUCUGUCCCUACGGCUCGGUCCAGUGCACGCAGGCUCAGUCCACCCGCUGUCUGCCGGCUUCUCUGCGCUGCAACGGAGCUAGAGACUGUCACGACGGCACGGACGAGCUGGGCUGCCCCGACACUACCUGCGGGAAACGUCUGGGGAACUUCUACGGCUCCUUCGCCUCCCCGGAUUUUUUCCGCGCCAACAGGAGCGCUGUGGUGGAGCUGAGGUGUUCCUGGUUGCUGGACACACAGGACCCUAAGCCCAUAGUGCUGCAGCUGGACCUGCAGCUGGGCCCAAAAGACUCGCUGCAUGUCUACGAUGGCCUCCUGCAGCGGGCGGAGCACCUCCUACAGGUGUUGUCGUAUCACAACAACAGGCGUCCGGCUCUGCUGGAGUCCAGUCGGGGACAGAUGAGUGUUUUGUACAUGGCUCAGCCUCACAGCCCAGGACAUGGAUUCAAUGCCACAUACCAGGUCAAAGGUUACUGUUUUCCUGGCGAGCGUCCCUGUGGCAGUGAUCAGGGCUGCUACUCUGAACGCCAACGCUGUGACGGCUACUGGCACUGCCCGUCAGGCCGCGACGAGGAGGCCUGCCCGACGUGCCCGGACGGGGAGUUCCCCUGCGAGGGCAGCACCGGAGUGUGCUACCCGGCCUCCGAGCGCUGCAACAACCAGAAGAGAUGUCCGGACGGGUCGGACGAGAUGAACUGCUACGACUGCCAACCCGGAAACUUCCACUGCGGGACGAACCUGUGCAUCUUUGAGACGUGGCGCUGCGACGGGCAGGAGGACUGCUUGGAUGGGAGCGACGAGAGGGACUGCAUGGCUGCAGUGCCCAGGAAAGUCAUCACGGCCGCUCUGAUUGGCAGUCUGGUCUGCAGCCUCCUGCUGGUCAUCGCCCUCGGCUGUGCCCUCAAACUCCACUCGCUCAGGAACAGAGAGUACAGAGCUUUUGAGACUCAGAUGACUCGCAUGGAGGCCGAGUUUGUUCAGAGAGAGGCUCCCCCUUCAUACGGACAGCUCAUUGCUCAGGGUCUUAUUCCCCCAGUGGAGGAUUUCCCUGUAUACAACCCCACGCAGGCCUCUGUUUUACAGAACCUACGGCUAGCGAUGCGUCGACAGAUCAGACGUCACUCAACAAGGCGCACGACCUCGUCCUCCUCUCGUCGGCGUCUAGGGCAUCUCUGGAAUCGCCUGUUCCACAGCGGAGGGCGUUUCAGAGGCAACGCCCCCCUGCUCGACACCCCUGGACCGACGCAGAUCACACUGGGGCUUCACAGCUACCAUACUGUCAAUGUGCAGGGGCCCCGGGACACUUCCAGGUCUGGAGUCAGGUCCGGGGAUGAGGUCGAUGUACGGACAAUGCCGGGGCUGGACCUGCAUUCCUGCUCGCCCGAGAGCCCAGCGUCACCUCUCUCCUUUCACUCUGUCGACAGUCCAGAGACAGAGGAGAUGUCGCCUGUUAGCAGGGAAAGCAACAGGGCUACACAGUCUGAGCCCCCCACCCCUGUUCAAAGUGACUCUUCAUCCCAUAGCGGACCCCCUUUCACUCCCCAGGAAGCCUCUGUACCCCCGUGCCCCCCUCGUGCAUCUAGGAAACUGGUUCUAGAGCUUGCUGUGAACCUCAAGGGUGUUUCCCUGAGACGUUACUCCCCACUGGGGCCCUUGUCCCCUAUCUCCCCCUCUGUGUUUCCCAGCAGCUCGCAGGUCUCCCACCCUCUGACCCACGGGUGGGAGGUGAGUUCACCCUCCGAGCCCUCGUCUUCUUCUGCUGUGAAAGGACAGGACAGCGACAACCACUUCACUGUGGAGCUGCCGAGAAGGGAAAUGAGCCACAGGGGCAAGGGGAGGAGGGAGGAAAAGAGCAGACUGUGCAGGUUGAGCAGGGCCUUCAGUGAUGAGGGGGGGGACUCAGGGAGGGAGACAACGCCAUGCUAAAAGUGUUGAGGAAGAUCAUCUCCUCCCCCCUCAGUCUGAUGAGACCUGCUGUCUGCAAAAUGUGCUCUGCUGAAGUGUCCUUGAAGCCCCCACCAGAUGCGGAGGUCAGACCCUUACCUUAGCCCUCCUCAUGGAGUAAAAAUGUGUUUAUAAUCCAUACAACUCUGCACAUGCACAAAAAACAUACUUAUGCAGUCGUUUCCUACAAUGAAUAAAACCAGCUUUGAUAGUUCUUAAGUUCUGUCUUUUGAAGUAAAUGUCUUAUUAAAACUGGAGCGUGAUGUUGACUCCCUCAACAUAGAACAAAGACACGACCCGUUUCUAGAAAAUCUCCGAUCUACAUAACUUGUUCCCGAAAAAUCUAAAUGUUGGCCUCCAGAACCAAAACAAGAUAGGAAAAUAUUCUUAAAACGCCAAAGCAGCCUUUGAGUUGUUACCCAGAGCCAUUAUGCACCGCUCUAUACUGUGAACCAGAAAAGCCUGUUUAAAAAAAUCCCAUAGGAAUUUAUCUGAUUAAUUAUCUUCCACUUGGUCUUAUUCACAGUUUAUUGUAUGAGGUGGAGCGAGUCUUAUUCCUUCAUGUGGUUUAUUGUUGAUUUAAAGGGUAAACAUGGCUAUAUUUUUACUUGCCUUACUCUCAAGUAAACAAAACUACCAAAACCAACAGGGAUUUUCUCCAACUUUCAACAACUGUAAACUUCCCAAGUCUGGUUGUAUGCUUUCAUUUUCAAGAAAGGAAACAAAAAAAGAGCCCAGCACUACAAGGAAAUGUCAGUAAACAUGUCUCAAAGAGGAGUAAAUUGUGCAUUAGUUGAUGUUUUUUCAGCUGCAGAUUACUUCUAAUUAAUCCACGACAUAAUCGUUGUACAUAGCAAUCCUGACGAGCAGAACAAAUCAUUUGGACCCUGUCUGGUUUGAAUGCCAGUUUAGUUUUGCAAAGCCAGGAGCACUACUUGAAACUAAGAUGCUGUAGUCCUCUGUUGUUGUUGUUGUUGUUGUUGUUGUUACUGUGCUUGAAGACGGUGCACAAUUGCUGCCAGGAAAUCAGAGACGUAUGCAGUGGAAAAGCAAGCCGGUUCUUUAGAUGGUUUCGCAAGUUGAACCAGCUCUGAACAAGCCCAGAACCAGCCCCUUGUUUCAUGAUGGUUGAAAAGGGGUGAUUGAUCAAUCAAUUGGGAAGGGGUCAUAACAGACCAUAGUGUUCAUGCUAAGGUUAAGAUGUCAUCCAGUGCAGAGAUGUGGCUCAUUUAUGUUGUUUUAAAUUGUUAAUCACACAACAAUAGAGCUCUACGUCAUCAGAUAAAUAAGGGACAUCAGUGUACACUGAUAGUUGUUUGGAAGAUAAACUCUCUCUUGGUUUUAGUAGUAUCGUUUUAUUUUAUUUAAAGAUAAAUAAUAACUACUACCAAACUUUUCUUUUAAACACAACUUUGAAGUUUUACAUUUUGGGAUUUCUGGUUGUGAUUCCACCCACAUUUCUUUACAUUAAAGGUCACAUAUUAUGCAAACACUUUACCAUGAUUUUCGAACACUAAUACGUGCCCCUUGUCUGUCUACAAAUCCCCCCAAGUAUAAGAAAAGUUCAUCCUCUCCGACUUUUGCCUGCUCCACUUUUCAGAAAACGUGUGGUCAAACAGGCCGUUUGGAGAUUUUCCCUUUGUGACAUCACAAAGAGCAGUAACCCCUCCCCCAGCUAGGUGUUUGCUCUGCCUUCUCACUGUAAACAAUCUAGCAUGGUACAAGAAAGCCCAAGCCACCAAAGUCCUUCUAGAGGGUCUGUGGUUGAACACAGCUCACUUGCAUUUAAAGGUACAGACACAGAAACAGCCUGUUCUGAGCAGAGUUGAAAUAAAAGGGGGUUAAAGACAUGGUCAAAUACAGGUUUGGUGUGGAUUUGUGGCAAGAAACAUCACAGACAUGUUUUUUGGGAGCCCUGAGACUUAUUUGAACUUGUUGAAAAGGAGUAUAAUAUGUGACCUUUAAAUGUACACAUACUGUUGCAUUCAGCAGUUGAUUAGCUUAGCUUAGCACAAACACUGGACAUGAUGUACAGCAGCUAACUUGACUCUGUUUGAAGGUAACAAAUUACCCUUAAAGGUGGCGGCAAGUGGAUUUUGUUACCCUCAAACAGAAUCAAGCGUGCCGUCUCUCCCGUUUCACGCUUCAUGCUUUAAAAUGAAUGCAGGCUGUUGUCCCAACAACAUUAGAGUGGUAAUGAUCUAGUCAUCUAAGGACACCCAUGUUUGUUCCUGUCCAAAAAAAGUAACUUGUUUUCACUUGGUUCACUUAUGCCAGGUCUUUGUGAGUAUAUAUCCAACAUGAACUGUACGUGUUAUACUUCAAGCUCCCAAGAAAGCUAAUUCAGUUAUUUUUUUAAUACAUGUCUAUUACUGAUUUCUCCUCCAGGCUACAAAAAGGCUCAACACUGACAUAUACGUGGUUCAGUAGUUAAUGUUAGUAAUGUUUUGGGGUUUUCCGUUCCCUCAAAAACAUUUUAACCCAUUAGAUGAUUCAUCCUGCACUCAGGGACGAAUAAGAUGAUAAGAUAAUAACCUUCAUUUAUCCCACAUUGGGGAAGUUUACAGAACAUGCUUUCUGUAUUUGAUUUCCCUCCCACAUUACGCAAAUAGCAGGGGAGCAGUUAGGGAUUGUCACUGUGUUUAUGUUUUAAUGUUCUCACAUAUAACUCUUUUCUAAACAAUUAAAACACACAAGUCACCCCUUGAAAAUAACAUGAAGAACCAUGUUAGAUAUAUUUUUAAAUUCAGCUUUUUAAAGUAAGUUUUAAAAAAACAAACGUGGAUGGAAACAGGUUGUGAUGAACGUGUAUUGCCUGUAGCUCUGCUCAGCCCCCCCUGUCCUCCUCAAAUCAAACCUGCAUUUUCUCCCUGCAGGUAAAAUGUUCUCGCUGAAAUGAACUCAGCGUCUGUCCUGAUUUAAAUUCAAUGCAACAAAUGUCUCAUGUUAACAUCUAACAAAUGAUGGACACAGAAUAUAAAACUGUUGAAAAGUCCUCUUCCCAGUGCUGCUGUCUGCAGACUAAAUGCUGGUUGAUUCCCUCAGAAAGUCAUUUCUAUGCUGGGGGAUUUUCUACAACAGGAUGCUUCACAAAGACUUCUGUUUCUCUGUCUUCUUUGGGGGGAUCCUGUACGUUAUAUUUCUCUCUGCCUUGACAAGCAUUUACCUUGAAUGAACUUUGACGUCUGUGUCUGACUUUUUUUGUAAAGCUUGUUUCUCUCUGAGGUUUGACACUUGUACGUUAUCACUGCUGGAUUUAUAAAGAAUGUAUCACUUGUUAGAAUCGUUGAAUUUUCUUCCUCUUCUACUGCAGGAUUUUGAGACUGAAUAGCAAAAGUCAGAACACAAAGCGAGGGUUUGUAGAGUACAGGAAAUAACCAGAAGCCAAAUUCCACUUGAUUUCUAGCUGCAGUCAGGUUUCUUUAAAUGAACACAUGUCCUGCUGUUUUUCCUCUGAGCGAGCUGAAUGUGCCAUGCUACCCUCAUUAGCUUCCUUCUUAUAGAAGUUUUGUCAUAAAAGGCUGCUACAUGUUAUGUGCCAUUUGAGAUAUUCCCAUAUAUCCUCACGCGAUCUUCUUCUUUCCCUUCAAGCUCAUAUUGUGAAAUGCUUAAUACAAGUUUAGCAUCUUUUGUGUCCUUUUUCUAUGUACUUACCUCAUUAUUUAUGUUCCAAUUCUGUUGUCCUACAUUGAAUACUUGACUUACGACGUUGUUUGAAAAGACAUUUGCAUAUCUGCAGAAUGUACAUCCUUAUUUGCUUUGUAAUGUACACAAGUGUGUGAACAAUGCCUUAAUGGUUCCUUCUUACUGUAAAUAUAACGGACAUUUUCACAGAUCAAAGUUGUGGUUCACAUCUUGAAAGAGAUUAGAUUUGUCCGUGUAUCUGGACAUUAGAUGUAUGAUGUGUCAUGUGAAUGGUACAACUGACUGAUCAAAGUUGUAGUGCACUGCUGUGUCAAGAAUCUCUGGGAUUAUUGUGGCAAAGGAUUUGUGGAAAGUAGAAUAUGUCUUUUAAAUACUUAUUAUUCAAGUGAAUCACCUGUUUAUUUAAAUGAUAAUCUGUGUAAAUCCAUUGCUUCAAGGUUGUUCAGCCAACAAACAAAGAGAAUAAUGCUAUUACAGUGAGCGUUUUGUUUUUUCUGUCACAGAACAAGAAGUUUUAUUUGAACGUCUUCUGUACUCUGGGUUUGUCUUAAGUUGUUUUAAACUGCUGAGCAGAAGCCAUGUGAAGGUCUUCUUAUUGUUUGUCAAUUGUUCUACUUUAAUCACUGUACUAUGCGAUAAACCUGAGACAUGACUGUACUUUUAAUGUGUAUGCACAGGGGAACAGUGGACCCGGGUCACUGGUAAGUUCUUAACAAGGUUAUCUGAUUGCAUUCUCUCUAACGACUCGACUGAAGCUUUGUCAUCCACAAAGGCAGAAGUCUUGAGUGUUUUUAAAGCAUUUCUCACAUUUUGAGGACAUUUGUACAUUUUGUGAAGAAAAAGGAAAACCACCAUGAUAUUGUGGGGUUUGCUUGUCAAAAUCCUGCCCAGCUAUCUGUUUGUCAGUCAUUGUUUUCCUGUGCCUGCAGUUAAUAAAAUUCAAGGUCUUUA